AUGUCGGGUCCUGUGGUGGAUAUACUGAUAAGGAACGACAAGGCAGCUGCCCUCGAAGCGCUUCGGAAUCUGUGGAGCUACCGACUGUUGGAGACGUUACAUCUCGAAAGCUGCGAUCUUACCGAUCAAGACCUCGAAUGCAUCCAUCCAGGCACCACUUGCGUCAGAUAUGUUGUUGACAAUGGAUCUGAAUGCCAUGAAAACAUCACGGUUUGCUUGUAUGGAGCACUUAUUUUUGAGCCGGCCUGUGUCACUGUACGCAUUUUGGAGACUAUCACAUUGAAAUUGUUUACCUGA